AUGGCUUUUGUAGACGGCAAAUGUAGCGAGUUAACUAAUUGCCAGAAAAAUUUAAUCACCAAUAAUGGUCAAUGUGUAGAAGGACAUACACUUGUACACCCUCGGGACUGUUCCAAAUAUUUACUUUGCCGUUACGGCCAAUAUGUUGAGGAAAGCUGUCAUUUGGGACAUCGGUUUAAUCCAAAGGCAAUUUUUUCGAUUAUUCGUUUUUGGCAAAAUUUGGAGUUAAGUCAAUGUGACCCAAAAUAUGUUUGUUUGUCAACACAUAUACCCCCUUGUUUCGAAGGAGAAUUACGCCCAGUAAUUUCUCCAAAAACAACAGAAUGCCAAUCAGAAUAUGAAAUCUGUAGGGAUGGAAAAUUUUAUAAACAAAUUUGUCCUUAUGGGGAAAGAUUUUAUUUGGGGAAAUGUGAAGCUUUUGAUAAAUGUGGAAAUAAAAAUGGAAUAAAUAAAAAUAAUAUUGGAGAGGAUAGUGAAGGAAUUUAUGAGAAAUGUCAGGCAAGUUUUUAA